ACCAAAUCAUAGGCACCGACUCUUGCGAGGCGCGAACCCAUCCUGUCCAUCGUAUGGCCCCGCCCAGCGCAGCGAGGCCCACAAGCACCGUCGACGAAUCCAAAUAUCGCUGAGCCAGAGGUACGAUUGAAGCCCCAUAAUCCGUGGAGGACAAAACCAAGCAGAUCCCCAGACCUCCACCAAGAGUUCCAAGGUCCCCACAAUCGGUUCAGCAACUCACACAACAAGCCUCAUUGAAGCUCCCGCCAGUCAUUCCGCCAACAGGCGUGCCUCCACAGGCGAUAUCUUGCUCGCAAAAUCGCUGCCAAGGCCAUGGCCGACAGUUACACAUAGAUCGUCUUGGCCCGAUGUGGAAGAAUGAGAGUCUGGGCUCUGCAUCUUGCGCUGAACGAAUCUCCUCGCAGAACGGCGGAAGCAUAUCCCCAACUGGCUACAACAAAAACCAGAUAGUCGAUCCACCCACCCGCAUUUCGAACACCUCCCUAUCGGCAACGGCACCAGCAGUCGAAUCGACGGUCUUGGCAGCGCCUAUGCCGGUGGGCACAACAAACGCGCAAAACCUGUGCCAUCGAAAUGGGGGAGAAAGCACCCUCAGCGACCCAGGUGCAGCUGCGAAGCCCGACGGUGACAUUCAAUCGUCGAAAAACGUCAAGGCUGGGCUCCAGCAGAUACAACAACGGGGCCAUCUGUUGAUGGACCAGGGAUCGCACAUUCAUACGAAGUACCACCUCACAAAAUUUAGGCAGAGACCUAUAGAAGCUGAUACUGGCAGACCGCAGAUAACUUGCCCUUCCAUCGCAUUAGGCUGCCAUCCAUGGCUUGCCAGGAACAAAGGGUCGGCAAUUGCUGCCUGCAUAUAACGGAACCUUUUGGAAACGACUUCAUGACAUCUGGAGGUACUUGAGAACGGUCGUCACUCAACGGAGAGGGAGAAGGCGAG